GCUCGCUGUCCACUCGGUCAGUUUCCAUGCAUGGACUCGGUCGGCUGUGUUGACGCAGCUGCACGCUGUGAUGGACAGAAGCAGUGUCCAACCGGCUCUGAUGAGGAGAACUGUACGGUCGCCAGGGGUUGUUUAGACUCCGACUGGAUGUGUGGGAAUCGCAUUUGCAUACCCAAAGGGCUACGCUGUGAUGGAAACGACGACUGCAUGGACAACUCUGAUGAACAGGGCUGUGUUAUGUGCAGUGAUGGUGGCAUACAAUGUACAGACGGGGUGUGUCUGUCUAUUGGCCAGAUGUGCGACGGGACGUUUCACUGCUCAGAUGGAAGUGACGAGCCCAUAACCUGCAGGCAGACCUGUUCUGUGAACAAUGGCGGUUGUAGCCACAUGUGUACCGAUGAGCCCUGGGGUGCUUUGUGCACAUGUCCUGGUGGAUAUAAACUCUCAAUCAAUGGAGCAUUCUGCCAAGAUGUUGACGAAUGCGCUCUUCCCUUUGCACCAUGCCUGCAUCACUGCACCAAUACAGUUGGAUCUUACUACUGCCACUGCAGAGAAGGCUUCAAUCAGAAUGAAGACUUUGCGUGUAGGGUCACAGGUAACGUUACCAGACUGCUGACAGUACAGAAGACAUCUCUAGGGCUACUCAAUGUGAAGUCGCAACGAUUUGAUGUGCUCCAGACUUUAAAGUUCAACCCAGUCGCCCUGACAUAUGACAUUGCCCGAUCCUACUACUACUGGGCCAACGAUGCAGGGCAGAUAUAUAAAAGUGAUGGGAAACGUAGCAGAACAAUUUAUGCUGGACAGCCUGGAAUCAAAGCUUUAGCUUGUGAUUGGCUGAACGGAAACCUCUUUUGGACCAAUCAGAGGACAAAAUCAAUCUCCAUGCAAGCAGAUGACGACACAAGCUACACUUCACUCCUGAGCAAAUCCAUAAGCCCAUCAGAAUUGGUUAUUCUACCAGUAGAGAGCUUGAUGUUUUGGAUCAACACAAGCCCUGGUGAUAGGGUGACCUUAGAGAAGUCUUGGAUGGAUGGCUCAGAUAGAAGCUCUCUGUCUGUCCUCACAUCUCAGUUGGCCCACGGACUGGUAAUCGACGUGGCCGCCAGGAGGCUCUACUGGAUCAGUGACUUCAAAAUGUCCAUUGAGACGAUGAAGGUGGAUGGGACCGGCCGCCACUCAUUCACUGGACUGUUUGCCGGGAGACCGGCCCUGAAUCUAGCUGUGUUUGAAGGUUUCUUCUAUUGGGUGGAUAACACAGGACUUAUUCAGGUGCCGCAGACCCAACCUAGCCAGAAGAAGAUACUGUGGAAAGCCACAGUUCCAGUGUUGACAGUCUACCAUGAGCUGCAGCAGCCUCAAAGUACAUCUGCAUGUGCAAAGACCCCUUGCCAGAUCUGUCUGCUCACUAAAGGCAACCCUGUCGGGUUUACCUGUACUUGUCCCAACUCCAAAGUACUAAUGGUUGAUGGAACAUGUCAAUAUCCAAGAUUCUUAUAUGCUACCUCCAACAAUAUCUACCUGUUGGAGUUUAAAGGCAGCCUUUCCAGAAAAAUUGAGAUCUUUGCUACUGACAAGGGCAUCCUUUCAUUCGACGUGAACUGGAAUGCCGACUGGCUGUACUGGGCCAACCAAACUGGCCACAUCCAACGCACCAGCCUAACCCAAGUCAAGACUGAGUGGAUUCCUACACCAAUGUCAGUUUGUCUCCUAAAAAUUGACCAGAAGAGUGGGAGAGUGUUUUGGGUGACCUGUGACCAAACUCGCAUUGGCUCAAUGGAAGUGGGCAGUCGUUACCAGCAACAGUUAUACCAUACAACAAAGGCGAUCCGGAGCCUCUACCUGGACUGGCUGAGGGGUGGAAUCAUCUGGUUUGCGGAGGAGCAGAUCUUCACCAUGAGCAUGACUGGAGGCAAACCAAAAGAGUUGUUGCACCUGACAGGAGUCAUAGAGAACAUUGCUUUUGACUUGAGAGCUGCCAGUCUACUGUGGAACUCCAACACGGCAGGAUUGACAACACUGAGUCUGCUCCAGGGGAAGAAACACCAAGCAGGAAGAAGAUGGAAAAUUUCCGGCUCAGUAGUGGGUGCCCUUGAGCCUUAUCUGUUGUCUCUGUCCAAUGAUGUCAUGAUCCUGUGGGACCGACGUGAUGGACUCCGUAUGCAGGAUGUGUCUGUGAAAGGUCACAUCGUUUGUGUGAUGCCAGCACUUGGGGACAUACAUGCAGUACCAGUUACUGACAUCUGCACCAAACCAUCUCUGCUAUGCAAGGGGACAUCCAUCUGCCUCCCUCAAAGCAAGCUGUGUGAUGGCCAAAAGGACUGUCCUGCUGGAGAUGAUGAAAGCUUUUGUGUCAAAUGUCCAUCCAAAGAUUACUUGAAGUGCAACGACCAGAGGAGUUGUGUGUCCAGAGCUUUGGUGUGCGAUGGCCGCUCUCAUUGCGCCGAUGGCUCAGAUGAGGUCAACUGCCCUGCUGUUGCCUCACUUGGGACUCUGGUGAAUCCGCUCAAGUGUCGCAAGGGCUAUUGGCUGUGUAAGAAUGGCAUGGAGUGUGUGUCAUACAACCAUGUAUGUGAUGGAGAAAGAGACUGUCAGGAUGGGUCAGAUGAAGAGCAAUGUGCAGAGAAGGAUGUGGUCUCACUGAAACCAACCACAGAUGCUUCUAAUGAAAUUGCUCCUUUAAUGGCAAGUCCUGCCCCAGCUCUGCCUGCUUGCACAAGCCCAUCUGUACUUUGUCCCCAUCCUUUUGGUCGCCUCUGCAUCUCCCCAAAACAGUUUUGUGACGGGCAAAAAGACUGUCCUGAUGGCUUUGACGAAAAUAACUGUGUGAAACGAUGUCCCUCAAAAAAUGAUUUCCGCUGCAAGGACCGUAGGAGCUGCAUCUCAAAGAUCCUGGUUUGUGACGGGCGUGCUCAUUGUCAUGACGGCUCUGAUGAAUUAAACUGUCCGAAUGUUGUAAUCCCUGCUGGCCAAGAACAGUCCUUGAAAUGUCUCAAGGGCUCCCAAUUGUGUCGGGAUGGCAGUGAAUGUGUGAUCUUCACUCACGUGUGUGAUGGAGAGCCAGACUGCAAAGAUGGCUCUGAUGAAGAAGGAUGUUACACUGCCACACCUAUGAUGAUGCCAGAAAAUACCCACUUAAAUCGACCUCCUUUGCCGGUCAUUACUCAACCACCUAGCAAGCCAUCCUGCACGAGUCCUUCAUUUCUGUGUCCAGAUUCUUCAUGUAUAACAUCAACGCAAUUAUGUGAUGGAGUUAAAGAUUGUCCUGAUGGCUCUGAUGAGAAUACAUGCAUAAAGCGAUGUCCAAAUAAGUCUGACUUCCUCUGCAAAGACAGGCGGAGUUGUGUCUCCAAGAAGCUGAUUUGCAAUGGCCGAGCUGAUUGCCACGACAGCUCCGAUGAAGUUGACUGUCCAACUUUAGCUCCUCCCAUCAACCAAGCAAAGACACUGAAAUGCCGUGUGGGUUCCCAGCUAUGUAAGGAUCGGACUGAAUGUGUUCCCUACAGCCAUAUGUGUGAUGGAGAAAAAGACUGUCGGGAUGGGUCAGAUGAAGAGGAAUGUGAUGCUCCAGAAACACCAUCUUCCUCCACUCAAGGCAUAUUUCAGUUGCCCAAACCCAAGUCCUAUAAUACUUCCCCCAAACCAUCCUGUAGUAGUCCUUCAGCGUUUUGUCCAAAUUCAUUUGUUUGCCUUCACCCGAAGCAAAUAUGUGAUGGCAGGAAAGACUGUCCUGAUGGCUCAGAUGAGAUCUGUGUGAAAAGAUGUCCUUACAAGACUGAUUUUCUGUGCAAGGACCGUAGGAGCUGUCUCCCCAAGAAGCUGGUUUGCGAUGGCCGAGCUGAUUGCCACGACAGCUCAGAUGAGAUUGACUGUCCAACUGUUGCUCUUCCCAUCAACCAGGCAAAGACACUGAAAUGCCGCGUGGGUUUCCAGCCAUGUCAGGAUCGAACUGAAUGUGUUCCCUACAGCCAUGUGUGUGAUGGAGAAAAAGACUGUCAGGAUGGGUCAGACGAAGAGGAAUGUGGUGCUACAGAAACACCACCUUCAUCCACUCAAGGCUUGAAUAAUUUGCCCCCAUCCAACUCCUAUAAGACUUCCCCAAAGCCAUCCUGUAGUAGUCCAUCAGCGUUUUGUCCAAAUUCAUUUGUUUGCGUUCACCCGAAACAAAUGUGUGAUGGAAGAAGAGACUGUCCUGAUGGCUCAGAUGAGAUCUGUGUGAAAAGAUGUCCUUACAAGACUGACUUUCUGUGCAAGGACCGUAGGAGCUGUGUCUCCAAGAAGCUGGUUUGCGAUGGCCGAGCUGAUUGCCACGACAGCUCAGAUGAGGUUGACUGUCCAACUUUAGCUCCUCCCGUUACCCAGGCAAAGACGCUAAAAUGCCGUGUGGGUUUCCAGCCAUGUCAGGAUCGGACUGAAUGUGUUCCCUACAGCCACGUGUGUGAUGGAGAAAAAGACUGUCAGGAUGGCUCAGACGAAGAGGAAUGUGACUCUACAGAAACACAAUCUUCCUCCACUCCGGGUUUAAAUCGUUUGCCCUCAUCCACUAAGUCCGCUAAACCUUCCCCCAAGACAUCCUGUAGUAGUCCAUCAGAGUUUUGUCCAAAUUCAUUUGUUUGUCUUCACCCAAAACAAAUGUGUGAUGGAAGAAAAGACUGUCCUGAUGGCUCAGAUGAGAUCUGUGUGAGAAGAUGCCUUUACAACACUGACUUUAUGUGCAAGGACCGUAGGAGCUGUAUCUCCAAGAAGCUGCUUUGCGACGGGCGUGCUCAUUGUCAUGAUGGCUCUGAUGAAGUUGACUGUCCGAGUGUUGCAAUUCCGCCUGGCCGAGCAAAGACCUUGAGGUGUCUCGUGGGCUCUCAGUUGUGUCGGGAUGGCAGCGAAUGUGUCCCCUUCACUCACGUGUGUGAUGGAGAGCUAGACUGCAGAGAUGGCUCCGAUGAAGACGGAUGUGACACUGCAGCGACAAAGACACCAUCAGAAAAGGCCAACUCAAAUCGACAUCCUUUACAUGUCAAUACUCAACCUCCCAGCAAGCCAUCCUGUCCAAGUCCUUUGUUUCUGUGUCCAGAUUCUUCAUGUAUACCCCAAACACAGAUAUGUGAUGGAGUAAAAGAUUGUCUUGAUGGCUCUGAUGAGAAUACUUGCAUGAAAAGAUGCCCAACAAAGUCUGACUUCCUCUGCAAAGACAGGCGAAGCUGUGUUUCCAAGAAGCUGGUUUGUGAUGGCAGAUCUCAUUGCCACGACAGCUCAGAUGAGAUGGACUGUCCGACAAUAGUUCCACCCACCAGUCGGGCAAAAGUGCUAAAAUGCCGCAUGGGCUUCCAGCUGUGUCUGGAUCAGACUGAAUGUGUUCCCUACAGCCAUGUGUGUGAUGGAGAAAAAGACUGUCGGGAUGGGUCAGACGAAGAGGAAUGUGAUUCCGAGACAACACCUUCUUCCAAUCCAAACUUAAAUGCAUUGACCACAGGGGCAAAGCCCUUUAAUAAGCCUUCCUGUAGAAGUCCGUCAGUGUUGUGUCCAAAUUCAUUUCUUUGCAUUCACCCAACUCAAAUGUGUGAUGGCACAAAAGACUGUCCUGAUGCAUCGGAUGAAAACUGUUUGAAAAGAUGCCCUCAUAAAACGGACUUCCUGUGCAAGGAUCGUAGAAGUUGUGUAUCAGUAUCUCUGGUGUGUGAUGGGCGGGCUCAUUGCCACGAUGGCUCAGAUGAGGAAGCCUGUCUGAGUGUAGCUCCUUAUACAACUACAAAAAGUGUCCUGAAAUGCCGUACGGGCACAAAGCUCUGUAAAGACCGCACAGAAUGUGUGCUGUACACUCAUGUAUGUGAUGGAGAGAGAGAUUGUUUGGAUGGAUCUGAUGAAGAAGGAUGCAAAAAAACAUGCACUAAAGGUGAAUUUCAGUGCGCUCAUGGGGUGAUGUGCAUACCUAAGACUCAGGUCUGUGAUGGGAGGGCUCAUUGUAGCGACCACUCUGAUGAGCUGGACUGCUGGGACGGAACCAAAAGCUGCGAGUUUCGCUGUACUGACGGCCACCGGUGCAUCCCAAAGAAAUUCCUAUGUGAUGGAGAGCCAGAUUGUGUUGAUGGCACAGAUGAGGUGGCCUGCGAUGCUGUGGCUAAAACAACACUCACACCUGUGGUUCUUACUCCUGCUUCAUUUUGCAUUGCUCCUUCAGUUCUCUGUCCAGGUUCAUCAUUGUGUAUCUCUCAAAAUCAGCUUUGCAAUAGAAAGAGAGACUGUCCGGAUGCAUUUGAUGAGAGUGACUGUGUUUUCAAGUGUAUAAACCCAGCUGAUUUCUUGUGCAGUGAUCGGCGAAAGUGCAUCCCCAGAAUGUACGUGUGUGACGGUCGUGCCCAGUGUCCAGAUGGCUCAGAUGAGAGGAUGUGUAGAUCACCUGAUCAGGGUUCAUCUUCCUCCAGGGACAAGUCAUCUCCUUUAAAAUGUCGAAACGGCUUCAAAGCUUGUAAAGACGGCCUGGAGUGUGUGAUGUACAGCCAUGUAUGUGAUGGAGAGGAGGACUGUCGGGAUGGAUCGGAUGAGGAGGAAUGUGCUGCUCAAUGCAAAACCGAGGAGUUUGAGUGUCAUCACGGUAAUCGAUGCCUCCCAAAGGAACAGGUGUGUGACGGACAAUAUGACUGUCAAGACCGCUCUGAUGAAAUGAGCUGUGAAAGUCAAGUCUUGGGCUGCCAUCACCAAUGCGAUAACAGAACACGCUGCAUACCGCAGACGUUUCUGUGUGAUGGCGAGAGAGACUGUACUGAUGGCUCAGAUGAAGAGAAGUGUGGAUUGACGUUCUGUGAAGCUGAGCAGUUCCGCUGUAAUAGCGGUCAGUGUGUGUCAUUGGCUCUUCGUUGUGAUGGAUACGCUGACUGUAAUGAUGGUUCCGAUGAAGCAUCUUGCUCAAGACCCCCGCGUUGCCCCAUGCAGCUGCGAUGCGCUCACAGUCACCAGUGCCUGCAGAGUGAGUGGCUGUGUGAUGGGGAGAACGACUGCAAGGAUGGCUCAGAUGAAAAAAACUGUUUGACUAAGCCACCACCAUGUAGACAAUACCAGUGGCAGUGUGGAAGCAGCAGUCAAUGCAUUCCUCAGUCCUGGAGGUGUGACGGUAAGAGGGACUGUCACAAUGGCGUGGAUGAGGACAAAUGCAAACAGAGAAGGUGCCCUUCUCACCUUUACCAAUGUGGCAGCGGUGAGUGUGUUGACCCGGGACUGGUGUGCAGCGGCUUCAUCAACUGCGCUGACAGUUCAGAUGAGGGUGUGGGAUGCACAAUUCGCAACUGCUCUAGUCCGUCAGCGCCUCACUGUGAUCAUAGUUGUGUCAGCACUCCAAAUGGACCGAAAUGUUACUGUGGAGAAGGUUUCACACUGCAUUCUGGUGCCGUGUCCUGUGUGGACACCAACGAAUGUAAUUUAAUGCAGCACAACGCAUGUAAACACACAUGCCUCAACACUCGCGGGUCAUACGUGUGCCAAUGCCAUCCUGGCUUCUACCUGGAGCCUGACAACAAAAGCUGUAAAACCAAGGAUGAGGCACUGCUUGUGGCAUCUGUUCAAUCGGAGCUCUUAAUCCUUGGAGUUCAAAGUGGAACUUUGAGUCUUCUGUCUUCAACCAACCGGCCAGUCUUCUCCCUGGAUUACCAUUGGGCUCAGCAGAGGGUUUACUGGCUCAGUCCAGACUACCAGAGCAUCCGCUGGGCCGACAUGAAAAAGGACUCCACCAAAAAAGGGACACUUAUCAAAGGAGUAAAGUCGGAGUUCAUUGCAGUGGACUGGGUUGGCAAGAACUUGUACUGGGUGGACGGAUUUGCGGGCCAAAUUCAGGCGGUCCGGCUCAGUGACACCAAAUUGAAGUCUGGGGAUUACACAGUGGUACUGGCUGAAGAUCUUGAGCAACCGCGCUCACUAGUGCUGCUCCCGCACAAAGGAUGGAUGUUGUGGUCUGAAAUUGGCAGCACCCCUCAGAUCCAGCGUUCAGGGAUGGAUGGAUCAAAGAGGAAGGUGGUGGUAGGUAGCGGUUUGAGCUGGCCUGUAAGCUUGGCCUACGAUUUCCUGGAUGACCGUGUUUUCUGGGCUGACGAGAAGUUGCGCUGCAUUGGCUCUGCCUUUCUGGAUGGGAAAAAUGUCAAGAUUCUCCAGUUAGCUGAAACGCCUAGCCCUUUCUCAGUCGCAGUCUUCAAUGACCGCCUUUUCUGGUCCGACACCAAGCGAAGAACCAUCCGCUCAGCUGACAAGAACACUGGGAAAGACCAGAAGGUUCUUCUGAAAAGACCAGGACAGCCUUUCGGAAUCAAGCUGAUGCAUUCCCUCUCCCAGCCUACUAUAAUCAACCCCUGUGACCAGCUGCAGUGCUCCCACCUGUGUCUUCUGACAGUCGGCGUUGCUGUGAUGGAGCCAGCAGCAGUCUGCCGCUGUCCAAAGGGGUUGCUACUUUCUAAGGAUAAGAUCAGCUGCGCUCCACCUUUAGAAUCCACUUUCAUAUUGCUUCUGUCUCGUACAACAGUCUAUCAGGUUUACUUUAAGUCUUUGAGUCAUGAUGGCGUUGGUCUGAAAAAUCUCCCAAACAGUCGAGUGUUGGUCAUUCCUGGAGCUGUUGAGGCGUCUGGGCUCGAUUUAGCCCUCCAAGCCUUGUCCUUGUAUGUUGCUGAUGGUGGACAGGGUACUGUAGAUGUGCUGAACUUAAGUGGACCCAUGUCAAGACAGGGACUGACAGCGGCAGGACGAGUUAUCCAGCUAAAGGAUGAGUCUGUCAUGGCUAUGGCUGUUGACUGGGUAACUUUCAACAUCUACUGGAGCAGCACCAGACGGCCUAAUCUCCAUGUGACCACUCGCCAUGAUGGCUACACCACUUCUCUGCUGCAGGGAUCACUUAAGACGACAUCCAUUGCGGUGCAUCCCCCCUCAAACCAAUUCUGCUACACAGCCCUUGUGGGCAGUAAGAGUAAGACUGAGGUGAGCUGUGCCUGGAUGGAUGGCCGCAACAAAGCAGUACUUUGGACAAAGUCAGUCAUCCCCACAUCACUGGUCUUUUCCAAUAAAGGCAACACAAUCUACUGGGCUGACACAGAAGAAGGCCUCAUCUGUUCUAUUGCACUGGAUGGCUCAGGCUACAAACAAUACAAAACAGGGCCUGGUUUACUUACUUCCUUCACAUACACUGAAAAUAUGCUCCUCUGGCUAACACUGGAAAAGGAUGUCACCAAAAUGUGGUUCAGUGACGGAUUCCAUCCUAAACAGCUGUGGUUCGAGACAAAAACCACCCUGGUCCAAAUCAAAGCUUACAGUAAUGACAGCCAGACAGGAUCAAAUAUGUGUAAGAAUAACGGGGGGUGUGAACAUCUGUGCCUGCCGUAUCCCGGAGGCCGCACAUGCAAAUGUGCUCGUGGCUUUUACAGCGUCAGUGUUACAUCCUGUGCGCCAGAGCAUCCUUGUCCCAAAGGGGAGAGAGCUUGUCUUGACGGUGGCAAGUGUCUGAAAAAUGAAAAGUUCUGUGACAGGCUUGUUGAUUGUCCGGACCAGUCGGAUGAACAGGACUGUCCUUAUAUGAACACCCCGUCAAAGACCAAAGUCAGUAAUGUCCAUCUUUCCGAAUCUCCACAUGCACCACCUCAUAACUCCAAGGACACUGGCUCUUGUAGUCAACAACAUUGCAAUGGCCACGGCCGCUGUGCCACUCAAGGCAAAGCCAUUCACUGUCUGUGCAUGACUGGUUACCAAGGAGAGUUCUGCCAGGAGAAGGAAAGUAGGCGAAGUCAUGUAGGUGUGGUCCUGGGAGUCUUCUGCCUGCUCGUUGCAUUCUUGGGUGUCGCUUUCAUUUUUGGUAAAAGGAAAGCCUGGGUAGCAAUCAGAGGCAGAGCGUCUGACAAGGAAACAUUGAUGUCCAACAUGGUGCUGCAAUGUGACCACAUGGAGGCUGAUUGUGAGGAGCUUGAGUCCUCAGGUGUGAAAAGACCCCCAGUAGCUUCAUAGAAGUCAAGCAUCUGCUGGCAGAUAUUGACUAUUUGGAGCUGUGUAAGUUUUUAUAUAGCAUGUCUUCACACAUACAAACAUUACUGUUGUCAAAGCUGAUUGUAUUUUGUACAAUAAACCUCUCAUAGUGAAA